AUGGCCUUGAGAAACCACAGCACCAGCACUGAGUUCAUCCUCCUCGGGCUGUCUGCUGACCCCAAAGUCCAGGCUCUGCUCUUUGUGCUCUUCCUGGGGAUUUAUCUCCUGACUGUGAUGGGGAACCUGGCAAUGCUGCUGGUGAUCAGUGCUGAUUUCCACCUCCACACACCCAUGUAUUUCUUUCUGAGUAAUCUGUCCUUCCUAGACCUCUGCUUUUCUUCGGUCACUGUGCCCAAGAUGCUGGAGAACCUCCUAUCUAAAAGGAAAACCAUUUCAAUAGAAGGAUGCCUGACUCAAGCCUUCUUUGUGUUUGACGUUGGAGGAACAGAAAUUUUCCUGCUCUCUGCCAUGGCCUAUGACCGCUAUGCAGCCAUCUGCCACCCUCUGCUCUACAGCCGUAUCAUGAGCAACCAGCUGUGUGUGAGGCUGGUAUGGGCUUCAUGGAGCCUAGGUUUCCUGGAUGCAGUUAUCAACAUCCCCCUGGCUAUGAACUUGAACUUCUGUGAAGCCCAUACCAUCCCCCACUACAGCUGUGAGCUGCCCUCCCUCUUCCCUUUGUCCUGCUCUGAUGUCUCUACCAACCUCACUAUCCUGCUCUGUUCCACACUCCUGCAUGGCUUUGGUACAUUCUUCCUGAUAUUCUUCUCCUAUGCACGCAUUGUCUCCACCAUCCUGAGCAUCAGCUCCUCCUUGGGCAGAAGCAAGGCCUUCUCCACCUGCUCCUCCCACCUCACUGCAGUGAGCUUCUUCUAUGGCUCAGCUUUCCUCCGUCAUCUCAUGCCAACGUCAGGCUCACCUCUGGAGCUGAUCUUCUCCAUACAGUAUGGUGUGAUCACUCCCCUAGUGAAUCCCCUCAUUUACAGCCUGAAAAACAAAGAAGUAAAGGCAGCUCUAAGAAGAACCUUGGGAAAGUGUUUGCAAUGGCACAGGUAG